AUGGCGCAAACACAACCGCAACAGUUCUCUCAAUCUUUCUCCCCACCGGGGUCCUCCCCCUCUCCGGGGGCAGCUUCCCCGGUGAAUGGUGGCGUUCCUCCACCAGUCAAGCGACAACACCUCUCACCUCUCCCGCAAUCACCUUACGCCUCACCGAGCUUUGGAACGUUACAACUACCUCAAAACCAACCGAUGCCUGUAAAUGGAGCGAAUUUGAACGGCGCGGGUCAACAAACACCGCAAACACCCGCUCCCCCACCUGCAGGCACAAUGGGGCCACCUUCUCGACCAGUAGAGAAAGCGACAGAUGCCGCAGAGCUUACAGAUGUCCUGGCUUCAUCUGGUAUCGAUGUUAGAGAGGAGGAGGCAUUUCUUACCAGCAGUUACUCAGCUCCGGGGACCCAGGCACAGCAGCCUCAAAGACCUCAACAACCUCUCCCACAACAGCAGCCACAACCUCCGCUGAAUACUUCCUUUACAUCACAAGCUUCAACAGUAUCAACACAACCUAGCUUCACAGAACCUUCACCAUACAAACCGCCAGCAACUCAGGAGUCAUUCUACUCUGAGCCACCAGCAGCAGCCCCUGCUCCGUUUAAAGAUCCCAAUGAACCAACGCGUGAGGAUACUGAAGCAGCUAGACGUGCCCAGUACCACCUGCAAGAACCAUUCUUAUUGACGAAAGUUUUGGAGCAAAAAUUGCAACGACGUGGCUUUGAGCUUGGGGUUCGUAUACCAGCCGAAGGCUUGUUUCAUCCGGUACCAGGCCGUCCGCAACCGAUCGAAGUUACCGGGCCCGACGGAUCAUCUGUUGUACGUACUGGGCAGACCAUCUUAAAUCAGGAAGGGGCACCUUUGGUGGACAUACUGAACUUGAUGUCAAUCUCUUGCGAAGAGCGAUUGCGGGGCGUCAUUGACUACUCUUCUACGCUCGCACGAAGCCGGCGUGCCCACUCACAUGGAGUUGUACCUGUUGAAUUCAGGGACAUGGCUGUUUCGGCUGGUGUGCCCAACGGGGCAGGUGACAAAACACCACUCAAACGACCUCAUUCAGCAACCGAGCAGCCUACAGCCAAAUCAUUAGCUGAAAAGUAUCGUGCGCUUAUGGAAAGAGACAAUUCUAGCGAAGAAAGCCGAGCUGCCAAACGCGCCAAGCGCAGUGCGAACGCUAUCCUAGGCGAAAGCGGACCGGUGAGGGCCGAAUCCGUAGAUCUUCCUGGCUCCGGUGCCUCUACACCGAUCCCAGAAAAAGCGCCGAGUAUCGAUAAGAAGGGAAUGUCUAAGAAAGAGGCUAAAAAGCUCAUGGAUGCCAAGGCAAGCGAGGCCCAGCAACACCAACAGUCUGUGGAAACCGCACGACUCGCCACCAAUAGCAUGCUCUCGGGCCGUAUGUUUGGAACCAAAAAGUCCUACUCGUGGUUAAAUCGGGGAGCAGCAGCCACCAGCAGUGGCUUUUCUACACCAUCACGUGUCAGUACCGCGACUCCAAGCGGGACGAGUUCUGAUAAGCCUGGACGUGAACCAGCCGUCGUGCCCGCAAAGCGACUGGGAUUGUGGCGGGAGGACAAAGACAAGGGCUCGGGGGUUCAGGUCCGAGAUAUCUUAUUCAUGCUCGAACUGGAUGGCAGAGGCUCCCGACACGUGCAGAAAGCGUAUUCGAAGGAUCUGAAGGAAGACCGAAUAGACUGA